AUGGCCGCUCUUGUACAAUUGUUAUUGUUGUACCUCGCCUGCGCGUUGGGUGCGUACGCGCAGUAUGAGGAGGAGCGCGCGCCGCGGUACAUAGCUUCGGAGUCCAAGCCCACUUCCACUCCAGUGCCUAUCCUCAAACAAAUCAACAGACAUAACGAGGAUGGUUCAUACACAUACGGCUAUGAAGCAGCAGACGGCUCCUUCAAGAUCGAGACCAAAUCGCAGAGCGGGGAGGUGAAGGGCAAAUACGGGUACAAGGACGAUACAGGAAAGUUGCGAGUGAUCGAGUAUGGAGCGAACAAAUAUGGCUUCCAGCCAGCUGGUGAGGGCAUCACAGUGGCGCCACCUACCCUCGUGGACGAAUCCACCCGCGAAGAGGGACUUAGACCCAGCAAGUCACAGUCUCAGGGUCGCGCCCAAUACCGAGCGCCAAUACAGCAACAAUCCGUAGACUACGACUACGAGGAGCCCGCGCCUGCGCCCGCGCCGCGCCCCGCCCCCCGCCCCGCGCCCCGCCCGCAGCAGUACCGCCCCGCCCCCGCUCCUGUACAGCAAUACAGAGCCCCCGCCCAGACGCAGUAUAGACAGCAGUCAGCUCCUACUCCACCAAAGCCCACAUUCUUCGCCGGCGCCGCGCCUGCGCCCGCACCUGCGCCUGCGCCGGCCCCGACGGGCUUCGACAGCGAGUUCUUCCGUCCCGCGCCCGCGCCGCCGCAGCCCGCCAGACAGUACAAGCAGCAGGACUUCAGGCCAGCCCCGCAAUUCGCCCCUAAACCUGAGAUCGAAUACGCUCAGGAAUAUGAGCCAGCUCAGCCAAGGUUCGCACCUUCCAACCAAUUCCAGCAGAGGAACACUCAGCCCUACUCCAUGCUGGACCAGCUGCUGAAGGAGUACGCCCUGCCGCAGGGAGGCGCCGCCCCCCUCCACGAUAUCACAUUCGGCUCCUAUUAG